AUGCCUUUGGAAGCCGAUGCCAAGAAGGAGUUGGAGGAGGCGAUCAAAGGCGCUUCCUCGGGCACGCUCGUCCAGGGAACGCAGCGGGUCUACGGAGUGCUGCAGAAGCACGGACUGCUCCGCAGACAGGUGGUGCAGCCAGGUUUGGUGGGGUGCCAUCGGGACAACAGAGACGGUUUUGGACUUUCUGUGAAAGAUGUGUCCGAACUCAUCACCGCCAUCAAGGAGGUGGGGUUUGAUCAUGGGGCAAUCAACGCUGUAGCAGUGGAGCUUUCUCCAGAUGAUGAGCUCACCUUCCAGUUCAACGAAAAGCUCGCCCGGGACAGCGGCUACAUGUUGCCUUCCGUACCCCGGCACCAGCUGAAGUUUGCUAGCCUUGCUGGCUCGCACACAAACGCAGCCUUGAGACUCAUUGCGGCUGGUGCGGAACACACAGACGGCGAUCUUUGCGUCCGUGGCAGAUUGGCGCUGGAACAGGUGCGCCAGGUCGACGCAGAGUUCGCUAGAGCUGUCGACGAAGGCGUGUCAUGGUACUGUGCAGGUGCCCCUGGCAUGCUCCAGAGGUCAGAGUCCUUUAUUAAGGCUCACGCGGUGUCAGGCAGGCAGCUUGGAGCCGACUUUUUCGAGAACUUGUCGCUUGACACAAAGCCGCCGACGGCCAACCAGUGCCUCAUGUUCCGUCACGCUCUCCUUCGCCUAGCCUACUCGGUACCAGUGGAGAAGUUUGUGACCGCGGCAGACGCCAAGAAGAUGCACAACAGGGAUGUCAAGGCUAAGGUGGACAUGGCCAAUUCCUUCAUGCAGAAAGCCAGCCAGCUGCCACAGAGCAGCCAAGUUCCCAGCGACCCGGCCAUCAGCUCCUGCUUUCUGGCUUGCGAGCAUGAGCUUGUGCUGAUUGCGUUGGACAAGAGGCAUCGCGACAUCAAUUGCCCCAGCACAAUGGAGGCAGCCAUGUGCAAGUUGUGCGAUUUGGUGGAAAAGGCCAGUGGAAUCCGCAUGACCACGGAAUGGGACAAGUUCAAGGAGGCCGCGGCCCAGGUAUCUGCAACUGCAGUGUCGUCUGUCCUGUUGCGGGAAUUCAGCUCCGAUGGCACCUUGAAGCAGCAAGCCAGCUUGCUGCGAGAGGAAGGCUUCGUGGAAGGGCAGUACCUUCAGCGAAAGACGGACAAGAUCGUGGCGAGGAUAGUGGCCAUGGAGGGCGAGAAGGUUACGCUCGCCAUCGAAGAUGGAAUGAUAUCCGGCAAAGCCCAAGUGAGCGUGUCAGCAUUGCUUAGCAAGCAAUGGAAAAAGAUCCAGCCACCGCAAGAGGCGGAGGAACUCACUGAAUUCCGCCAGCAGACCGCCAAGCAUUCGCCAGAGGUGAGACUCACGCUGGCGAAAGCGGACAUCUUGAAGAAGCUGGUGGGUCUUGAAGAGAAGCACUGUGCUGUGUACAAGGCCCUGAAGGUGAUGUUUAAGCCGCAAAAGGCGGUCAUAGCCACGCACGCAUUUGAAGCCGGCUGGUUGGUGUUGGUCCCAGUGUCCAUGAAGAUUGAUGCCAAACCCAUCGAACAGGAUGGGGGCCAAAGCGCAGUGUGCUUGGGGCGCGUGAAGGGUAGUGAUGUGUUUUGGCUGCAGCCCUGCUUUAUCCCAGACAAGGGGGACGGGCGUGCGUUUGUGGCGCCCUUUUGGUUUGUGCGCUCCACCAACGAGCAGUCAGAAGCCAAUUGCGCUCUGACAGACGAGGUAGAGCGCGACUUUAAGAACACAAACAUCAAGGUGCCAUUGUUGAAAAGCACUCGUCGCAUUGAGGCUGGGGAGCAGCUUCGCUGCUAUGUCCCCAAGCAAGCCAAGCGAGUGGAAGUUGAAGAGCUGAUCGCACUUCAUGAUCCCGAGCCUCCUGCCAAGCGCCGAAGGCACAAGCAGGGUCAUUGGACUCGCGAGUGUAGCUGCAGUGCCACCAUGGCGCGCUCUUCUUCUUCGGAUGUGGAGGGCCCCGAGACUGAGGAGCUGGUCCUGGAGAAGAUUUGGGUUGUUCGCGGCGCUGGCAAGGCGAGCAAGAAGCCGUGGCUCCCGUCGAUCCGGGAGAUCGAUGGCACCAACUUCAUCCGGCUCAACAAGUUCGACAGGGCGUUCGUUUUUUUUUGCCUCGGCAGAGGAAUGGACCUCCGGCAUGGGAGAACCAGGUCCUGCAACGUUGCAGGCUUUGACGCCCUGAUCAAGCAGCGCCGGGAUGCAUCCACUGAAGCUGUCAAGAGCGUCCUGGCGCUGGGCGAUGGCGACGGUGGCCGUGCGAAGCGCCGCAAGGUCAAAGACGAUGACGCUGCCCUGCUCACCAAGCAGUACGUCACUUUGACCCUUGAUCAGCUCGAGCAUGAGGGGAUCAGCUACGGCCCCAUCACAUGCAAAGCCAUUUGGGCCCUGCACGACUCCGACCUCUGGAUUGAGUUUCGCACGGACGCUCUGUACUACAUGCGUGCUUUGGUGCAACAGGGGCAUGCCGAGGGCAGGUUUGGGCGCACCCGGGAGAACAAGAAGAAGCAGGGCAGCCCCAAGAAGCGUGGAAGCCCCAAGAAGCGUGGAAGCCCCAAGAAGCGUGGCAGCCCAAAGAAGCGUAGCAAGCGUUUCAGCCCCAAGAGGCAAGGCGAUGAGGAGGAGUUCUCGGACGGCGAGAUCAAGGCCAAGCUGGGCGGCAACGAUGGGGAGGACUCAUCGGACAUCACGCUGACGCCCACGCCGCCGGCAUCUCGUCCAGUUGAUCUUGAAAGCCACCAGGAGAAGCUGCGGAGCCUCGCGUUCCAGAAGCAUGGACUACAUGCCACGAUGGCAAGGAUUGCGGCUUGGCGCCCACGGGAGAUGGGUACGACCCACCAGAAGCUGCUGUUCAAGGAGAUUUGGAUGCGCGGCCAGCUGGUGGUGGAGGAGAUGGCAGUGCACAUGAGUUUCAGUACCUUGGUACGACUGCCAAAUCACGCCCAGCUGUGCGUCCUCAUGGCAUUGGCGGAGCUUCUGGUGGGCAAGCAGAAGGAGAAGCUCGAGGUGGAGGUGGAGGAGAAGCGGCUCACGGCACCGGCGAACGUCAUGGUUGGCAAGCAGAUGGAGAUGGAGAAGCUCGCGGUGGAGGAGAGGACGGCGGAGCUUAUGGUGGGCAAGCAGAUGGAGACGCUCAAGGUGGAGAGGAUCACGGCGCGGCUCACGGCACCGGCGGAGCUUAUGGUGGGCAGCAAGCAGAUGGAGAAGCUCGAGGUGGAGGAGAGGAUCACGGCGCGGCUCACGGCACCGGCGGAGAUGGAGAAGCUCAAGGUGGAGGAGAGGAUCACGAUGCAGGCGGACGUCAUGGUGGGCGAUCACGAUGGCGCGGCUCACAACACCGGCGAACGUCAUGGUGGGCAAGCAGAUGGAGAGCCUGGAGAGGCUCAUGGAGGAGGGGAUCACGGUGGGCGGACAGAUGGAGAAGCUCGAGGUCGUGAUGCAGGAGAGGAUCAAGCUCAUGACAAGCCGGCCCGUGAUGAAGGAGAUGCAUGGUGGCACCAGACCAAGGAGGAAGAUGGUUGGUGGAACAACACAGAGCGAGACGAGUCGGGGUGGAUGGCGAGGCCGGUCACGGAGAGCUGGCCGGACAGCAUGAACACGGAGGACAAGCAGAGCGACGUGCAGGACAAGAGGCAGGACUUCCACAGCGUCCACGGGCCUGACCGCUGGACCGAGGCUGAGGGCCGGAGCGAGUCCACAUGGACCGACGAUGUGCAGGACAGGAAGCGGGACUUCCACGGGCGCGACCACUGGACCGAGGCGGAUGGCUGGAGCGAGGCUGCAUGGCAUGCCAAGGCAGAGGAUGACGGCCAACGCGGGUGGCAAGGAGGUGGGUGGUGGUCAGGUGGUUGGAGGGAGCCACGCGGCCGCGCCAUCUACAGAGGUGGUCGCUUUGGAAAGAGCAAGGGGCGCGGCAAGGAUACCCAGGGCGGUGAGUAUGUCCACGGAGGGUAUCGCGAUGCUGCUGGCAAGGUGCACGAGCCACGAGACAAAGACUUGGUCAUGUAUGGAGACGGCCGGGCACGCAAGCGGACUCGCGGCAGCGGGGCAGACAAGGCGGCGACGCAGCGGGCCCAGGAGGAGCAGAACACCCUCGCGUGGAAGGCCAUGAACAAGAUGGCGGACGUAGUUCUCAACAGGAGCUUGGUUUCUUGGACCAGAAUGGCGCACGAGCUCAUUUGGGAGCACAUGUUCCUGGGCACGGAGCUGCCCGUGCUUGAGCCCGGCAGCGCGCUGCCGCAAGGGAGCGAGCCGGGGGACUGGUUGCUGCUGCCGCCUAAGCAGGUCCAGCGGAUCGCGGCAGGGGAUGCAGAUAUUUGGGUGAACCCUGGUGGGCAGGCGGUGUUGCGGUGGGACUACGUCUCUACGCACGACGUGUCAAACGUGCGCAGCAUGCUGUAUGUACACAGGAGGACCGGAAACUUCAUGAUGGUGCGCGGAUUCCCCAACGUGCCGGUCAUUCUGACUGUGAACGCUGCGCAUCAACCAUCGGCGCACACCCUGCUCGUUGAGGCGCUCACAUGUGGGGGCGAGGUGGUGAGGCGGGUGGGGUUCCAUGCCAAUCAGGCGCCGAUCCACUUGGCGACUCUGGCCUGGCUUUGCAAGGACACGCUGGCCAGCAAGGGCAGGAUCAGCCUUCAGACAGAGCUGCGAUUCAUCGGCAGCCGCAGCCACGCGCCCAUGUGCCCGGUCUUGUGGGCGCCAUUCACCCAGCGCAAGCCGACACGCCGGGUGAUCAAGAAGAUGCCGCGGGCCACAGUGCUCCUUCACGAGGCGUGCUUUCCACCAGCUAUCCUGGACGUGGCCAUGGUUGAGCAGGUCUUCCGCAGCGACUCCUCGGACGACGGCGUGCCGACUGUUGCUGGUGCGCCAUUGACCAUGACCUCAGCCGAGCUUGUGGGAGGCGAGCUGGGAGAGGUGCAGAAGUACUUGGUGGUGCAGAAGGGUUGCCUGGGUGACAACUUUGAGCCCGUCCGCUCCCAGCAGGCUGCCAACUGGAAGUUGAGGCUGGCCAGCAUCAGCGGGCUGGCCGCGGCGGAGGCAGGCACGCUGGUAAGCCUGAUUGGCACUGGGCCGUGGACAGACGAGGAGAAGCUGCAGCUAUCCUCCGCAGUGAACCAGUCCCUCCUCGCAUCGAGCGGUGUGUCAGGUUCCAGGCGCCGGCCCAACCAGAAUCUGGAUGACAUAGGGCCCUACUUGACUGCCGGUGACUUGGGCAUGCUUGCGGAUGGGUCGGCGGCUUCCUUGAGCAAGCUAGACGUGCUUGCCCAGAGAAUGACAAACCUCGGGUUGCAUCUCCCCACUGAGAGCACAUACAGGAAUGUCCUUGCUGUGGCACGCAGCAAAGGGUUGGCCGCGGAGGACGCCAAGACAAUGUACACCUUUGUCCUGGAGCUCAAGCGCCUCGUCAAAACCAAGGCCAAAAAAAUGGGUGCUUGCCAACCACACAUUGUGGCGUACCCGGCGCACCCCAGUGAGUUGCCACAGUCAAUCUUCUCCGGUGCCUACACUGAGGCUGACCCACCCCUUGGAGGGCCUUCUGGGGUGGCAAUGUGUGACAGCCAAGUUGCCCUGAGGCGCAGCAACAAGCUGGUGCGGCUGGACACCAACAGCAUCAUGCCCUUCCAGCAGUCAGCAAGCUCAUCCAGCGGGGGGAACAUGGACCCUCUCAUGGCAAUCUUCAGUGCGCUCCAGCAGUUCAUGCCAAACCAGCAACAGCAGAAGUCCGAAGGGCAGGUCAAGGGGCUGACCAUCUUCAAGGCUGCAGCAAACGGCCAAAGUAGCGCUCGAACACCAAGCAUGACCGCACCUGCCAAACCGGUGAUGCCUCUGGUGGAUGACACCCUGCCAGAUGCAUCUCAGAAAGCAAGUUCUUCAGGCGCGGCUGACCCAGCAAAGGCUGCCAACUCGGCAGCUGACGAGACGGUGGAGCCCAUGGAGUUGCCCUCACUUGUUGGGGUUGAAGAGCAGUCCGAGCUUGUCCUCAAAGCGCUCGCAGACCGAAAGAAAGCUAAUGAGGUCAAGAAGCCUGCCCCUAAGGUCAAGUGGGGCGACAACCCUGCUGAGCGCUGGCUCAAUUGCCUGAAGGCCAUCGAGAAGGGUGACAUCAAGUGCGGCAUAUCGCAACUGUUCAAGCAAUUGACCCGCCUCUUUUUCACGGCGCCUACCAGCCUGAGGGACGGAGUCAUGCUUUCCAUCGGCCAGAGCUCGGCGAUGUUCUUUGGGCAACUGGGCCUUGUGGUAGCUGAUGAAGUUGCCCUGAAACAGCUUUGGAGUUUCCGAGGGGCUUCUGCAACAUUGCCCUGUUUCUUUUGUCGAAAUGUAUGCAGCUGGUCGUCGCAACUGCACGAGCACGACGACUCCGGCAGUCUGGUGCCUUUGACGGUCUCAACUCUUGAUGCAGUUGUGCAACAUACAAAUGAGACCUUGCUGGAGGCAGCUUCCUUGCUGCUCCGGAGGAAGCCAGCCCUUUCCAAGACGGCCUUCACUUCUUUGGAGCAAAGCGUGGGCUUGACCUUCAGCCCAGAGGGCGCGUUGUGGAGCAAUGGCCUUUUCAAUGACAUGAGUGGAGGCGGGCCAUUGACAUGCACCCAGUACGACUGGAUGCAUUGCUUCCUCGUGUCUGGAAUUUGGAACACGGAGGCGGGCCUGUUGUUUGGUGCCCUGGCGGGAACGGCUGCGAACUGCGUAUCUUUUGACUCUUGGCUUCAAAGCUGUGUGUGGCCAAAAUCCCUGAGCUCGCGCGGUGUGACAGGCAAACAGGCGCUGAAGAAGAGAACAGCAACCGAUUCGUCCGACGUCAAGACAUCGGCCUCGGAAGGGCUGACCCUGUACCCCUUGUUGAGGCUGUUUCUGAUGGAGACGCUUGAGGCUCCUGAUGCGAGCGUUGCGCCUGCGGUGCAGUCGUACUACGCGCUAAGCAGGGUUUUGGACUUGCUUGUGCGACUUCGAAAUCAUUCGGUAGACAGCUCUGAGCUUAGGGCAGCCAUCAGCGCCCACUUGCAGAGGAGACUUCUGGUCUACGGACCAUCUGCUUUUACGCCCAAGUGUCACUAUGCGUUGCACUUUCCCUCGUUUGUGGACUCUCACGGCCGCUUGGUCGCGUGCUGGACGCACGAGCGUAAGCAUAAGGAAGUGAAGCGGCACGGCAACCAGCUGGCCAACGCCAACAAGAGCUUGUCCUUUGAGAAGUCGUUGCUGUCUCAGGCAGUGCUUUCGCAGCUGCUGCACUUGAAGGAGUUCAGCGCAGUGGGGGGCGUGCAGUUGGUGGCUCCACAAGACGCGUCCAGUGACAUCGCCAGCAGCAUCAGGACGUUUCUGGGCGAAGAUGCUCAAGCUCAGGUCAGCGCAUCUUUGGAAGCCAUGCUGAAGCAUGGAGAGCUGUGCGCCAGGGGUGAUGUGGUCCUUGCCCAUUCUUCUGACGAAGGCAAAUUUAUUGGCAUGGUGUGGUUUCAUGUAUCCAUCUCCGGCGCUCAUUUCACUUUGUUGGCAAAGUGGCACGCCCUGGGCAGAAAUGUUUUCAAGAUGCUGGAUGCGCCGUCGUGGGUCGAGACCGUCAACGUGUCUAGGUGCUGCAUGGUGCUGCUGUGCUUCAAGUUGUCUAUAAGUCUCGCUUGCAGCUACCAAGUCACCGGACAGCAGUCCGGGCUGCGAGGAAUACUAAGUGCCAUGCCUUCCAAGGCGUGCUCGGUGGCUCUUGCCAGCGCUGGCGCCUAUGCGGCUGCCCAGGCCUUCCUGACUCCAUCUGCACCGCAGGUGAGCCGGGAACAGCAGGUGCGGCACCUGCGCCAGCAGCCGGCUGAGGCAGCCACUUCCUCCUCCUGCGCCUCUGCAGGGGCGCUGGCGCUUGGCGUGGCUGGGGUGGCAGCGGCGACCGCGCAGAGCAAGCGCGCCGUGCGGCGCCAGGUGGUCCGUCAGGCCACGGCCACCGCAGAGAAGACAGAGAAGGCCUUCGCAAAGAUGCCGGCGUCCGUGAAGCCAGGAGUGGUCACGGGCAAGGCGCUGGUGGACCUGCUGAACUACGCCAAGGAGAACGAGUUCGCCAUCCCUGGCGUGAACUGCGUGAGCAGUAGCUCCAUCAACGCCUGCAUGGAGGCGGCAAAGAAGGCCAAGGGCACCGUCAUGGUGACCUUGUCUCGUGGCGGCGGCCAGUUCAUUGCCGGCAAGGCUGCGGACAACACCGACGAUGCUGCCUGCAUUGCGGGCACCGUGGCGGCAGCGCUCCACGUGCGACAGGUGGCCAAGCUCUACGGCGUGCCUGUGAUCCUCCACACGGACCACUGCCAGAAGGCCUGGCUGCCAUGGUUCGAUGGCCUCAUGGAAGCAAACGAGGAGUACUUCAAGCUGCAUGGCGAGCCCCUCUUCUCGUCCCACAUGCUGGACCUGUCGGAGGAGCCUUUGGAGGAGAACAUUGCCAUUUGCAAGAAGUACUUGGAGCGAAUGGCCAAGAUCGACAUACUGCUGGAGAUGGAGUUGGGUGUGACUGGCGGCGAGGAGGAUGGCGUGGACAACACGGAUGUGGACUCUUCCCGUCUCUACACGCAGCCUGAGGAGGUUUGGCAGGUCUACGAGGAACUCUCCUCCGUGCCCAACGGCAACUUCACAGUGGCAGCUGCCUUCGGCAACGUGCACGGGGUCUACGCCCCGGGCAACGUGGACCUGAAGCCGGUGAUCCUGCACAACACUCAGAAGUACGUGAAGGAGAAGCUGGGCUGCGAGAGCGACAAGCCCAUGUCCUUUGUCUUUCACGGCGGUUCGGGCUCCUCGCUUGAGGACAUCCGCUAUGCCAUUGAGGCGGGCGUGGUGAAGAUGAACAUCGACACCGACACCCAGUGGGCCUUCUGGGAUGGCAUGAACCAGUACCAGAAGAAGAACAAGGACUACCUGCAGGCCCAGAUCGGCAACCCGGAGGGGCCUGAGAAGCCCAACAAGAAGUACUACGACCCUCGCAUGUCCCUGCGAGCGGGCGAGGAGGUCAUGGCAGACCGUCUGGUGCAGUGCAUGGAGGCAAAGAAGAAGAUCCCCUUCACCGAGGCCGGCGGGAAGUUGGGCACGCAGCGCAGCUGGCGCCGUGCGUCGGUGAGUUGGUGCGGAUUUGGAAGUGCGAGUCGGCGGGUAGAGUCACGCAUGCCAGAGUUUUGGAUCAAGAGCCCGAGUUUUUCGCACCUGCCGGGAAUACUCAGUGCCAUGCCGUCCAAGGCGUGCUCGGUGGCUCUUGCCAGCGCUGGCGCCUAUGCGGCUGCCCAGGCCUUCCUGACUCCAUCUGCACCGCAGGUGAGCCGGGAACAGCAGGUGCGGCACCUGCGCCAGCAGCCGGCUGAGGCAGCCACUUCCUCCUCCUGCGCCUCUGCAGGGGCGCUGGCGCUUGGCGUGGCUGGCGUGGCAGCGGCGACCGCGCAGAGCAAGCGCGCCGUGCGGCGCCAGGUGGUUCGUCAGGCCACGGCCACCGCAGAGAAGACAGAGAAGGCCUUCGCAAAGAUGCCGGCGUCCGUGAAGCCAGGAGUGGUCACGGGCAAGGCGCUGGUGGACCUGCUGAACUACGCCAAGGAGAACGAGUUCGCCAUCCCGGGCGUGAACUGCGUGAGCAGCAGCUCCAUCAACGCCUGCAUGGAGGCGGCAAAGAAGGCCAAGGGCACCGUCAUGGUGACCUUGUCUCGUGGCGGCGGCCAGUUCAUUGCCGGCAAGGCUGCGGACAACACCGACGAUGCUGCCUGCAUUGCGGGCACCGUGGCGGCAGCGCUCCACGUGCGACAGGUGGCCAAGCUCUACGGCGUGCCUGUGAUCCUCCACACGGACCACUGCCAGAAGGCCUGGCUGCCAUGGUUCGAUGGCCUCAUGGAGGCAAACGAGGAGUACUUCAAGCUGCACGGCGAGCCCCUCUUCUCGUCCCACAUGCUGGACCUGUCGGAGGAGCCUUUGGAGGAGAACAUUGCCAUUUGCAAGAAGUACUUGGAGCGAAUGGCCAAGAUCGACAUACUGCUGGAGAUGGAGUUGGGUGUGACUGGCGGCGAGGAGGAUGGCGUGGACAACACGGAUGUGGACUCUUCCCGUCUCUACACGCAGCCUGAGGAGGUUUGGCAGGUCUACGAGGAACUCUCCUCCGUGCCCAACGGCAACUUCACGGUGGCAGCUGCCUUCGGCAACGUGCACGGGGUUUAUGCCCCGGGCAACGUGGACCUGAAGCCGGUGAUCCUGCACAACACUCAGAAGUACGUGAAGGAGAAGCUGGGCUGCGAGAGCGACAAGCCCAUGUCCUUUGUCUUCCACGGCGGUUCGGGCUCCUCGCUUGAGGAUAUCCGCUAUGCCAUUGAGGCGGGCGUGGUGAAGAUGAACAUCGACACCGACACCCAGUGGGCCUUCUGGGAUGGCAUGAACCAGUACCAGAAGAAGAACAAGGACUACCUGCAGGCCCAGAUCGGCAACCCGGAGGGGCCUGAGAAGCCCAACAAGAAGUACUACGACCCUCGCAUGUCCCUGCGAGCGGGCGAGGAGGUCAUGGCAGACCGUCUGGUGCAGUGCAUGGAGGACCUGAAGUGCAUUGACCGCCUUUGA